AUGGAUAAUAUUGAUGAAUUGAUAACAGUUAGUGAGAUACCACCUACAAGGCAACCAAGUGGGUUAUCAUUUUUAACGAAACUAGACAAUAGAACUUACUCUGGAGAGGCAGUUUCAAAUACUUCUUCCGCAUCACUACUGCAAACUCGUGAAGAUUCAAUGGGUUCAAAAGGAAAAGGCAAAUCUUACAAACAAACAUUUAUUGAUAAUUGGUUUUCGAAUACUACCCUACCAGAAUCGCAUGUUGAAGAUUCAAAUCCUCAUUGGGGUUUAAGCAAGACUUCAAGCCAUAUAAAAGAUAGUCAUCGAACUGAAGAACUUCCUUCAUUAACUAAUGAUUCUUUACGAUUACCUGAAGAUGAUCAUGAUAAAAAUUCACUUUGUUCAUUGCCUGAUAUUGCUUUUAAGGAGCAGUCAAAACGAGAGACAGAGGACCAACAACAGCUUGAUUUAUCAUUUACCAUAAAUGGAUAUUCUGGAAUUGUUGAAGAUCAUCGUAUUUUAUCAGAGGAUAUUGAGGAUGAUUUAUUACCACGUUCAUUAUCACUACCCAACAAUGAUUUUUAUCACCAAGGAUCUGAUAUCAGUUUCCCUGAUACAAGUUCUGACACUACCACUGCCCCCUAUAAUAUUGACAGUCCAGAUAAUUAUAAUUCUUCUGGUAGCACAAAUUCAGAUACAACAGCAACUACUGCACCUUAUCUUGUAGAUACUCCAGAUUGUCAUGAUGUAGCAUCCAAUCAAAUAGAUGAUCUUCUUCUACCUGAUAAUAAUAAUAAUAAUAACAGUCCUUCUUUAGAUUCUUCUCCUAUAUUUGAUGAUCCUUUAAAAGAUCUUCCUGAAAUUGACAGUAUGAAUAACACGCUUGAUCGUUCUAAUUCUUCCGAGUCAUCAUUGCCUGAUACAGCACCGUAUAACCCUACAGAUAGGAUUGAUUAUAGCAAUAGUUCUCCAGAUACUUUACCUUAUGAAGUCAAUGAUACUAUACCAAAUGAUGUUCAUGAUUUACCGGAACCCUUAUUUUCUAGUGACGAUCUACGUAAACAAGAAAGCACGACAUUAUUUAACGAUCGUCUAUCUUAUCAUGAAGAACUAGUUACCUCUCCACCUAGCUUAUAUUUAAGUGAUGAAGAUUUACUCUUAGAAAGUAUGAAUAAAGAGAAUGAUACGAGCACGCCGAGUACUCUGGCUACUUUUGUUGGCUUAGCCAAGCAGACACAGCAACAACAACAACAACAAGAAGAUGAUUAUCUUCUUCAUGAUGACUUGACAGAAGAGGAUAUCCUUCAAUUAGAGAAGCAGACGACAAGUAUAACUGUACAUGAACAAUUAUUAUUACCUAAACCAACACUAUCAUCCAACACUAUUAAAAGAAGACGAUCGCCAUCCCCUUUAGCAAGCCAUACUCUUAGAGAAAGUCAACUUAUAAGGCUUGAUAAGAAACAAGUUCGAAGCAGUAUAGUUAAGAAGCCUACUACAAUUGAUGAAUUUUUCUUAUCCUCUGCUAAUUAUAUAAAGAAAGAGAUUGAAAUAGAAGAAGAAGUUGGUAAGGACUCUGCAACACCUCCAUUUGCUAUAAGUAGUAAUGAAGAUAUAAAGAAGCCAGAGGAGCUUUUAAGGCAAAGAUCCUCAUUUCAUCAGUUGGAGCAACAAGAAAAAAUACAAGAAAAGAAGACAAAAUCCCUUAUACCGCCGGAUUCAAGAAGAUUACCCAGGUUUGGGUUAUCUAAAAAGGUUCCUAAAAAGAAAGAAUAG